GUAACAUACGUUUUCGCUAUUACAACGGUUUCUCUCUGCAGCGGAAAAGGAACGAAAUAAAUGAAACAAAGUGGAUACUGAUGUUGAUAAAUAUGUCAUCGUCUUUCCAAAGAAAAAAAGAAAAGGACUUCAAGAUGCACAAUUCUUUCUAAUAAUAAAUACGUCCCUGACUAUUAUAUGUAUACGUAUAGAGUUCAUUUGUUAAUAGUUUUCAUCAUCAAACAUAAAUCGAGCAUCCGUGCGAUGUGACAACAGUAACAUUAAUACGUCGCUUCUAAGCAACGUGAAGUAACUCGUGAUUAUAAUGCCUAUAUAGCAUUGUCUGUAAAUUGUUGGUAGCGGUUAAUAAUCAUUCUUCUGCGUGGGACUAUUUUCUACCAACGCCUGUCGAGGUUAAGAGAUGUGAGAAGUCAGAAAAAACGAGUAAACGUUCUAUAUGAAAUUGCUUUGGGAGCGUUACUUCAGGGGUUACCAGUGAUCACUAGUGAUUAUCAGUAGUAAUCGUUGUCUCGAGCGGUGCAAAAAGUCGAGAGCACAAAUUAUUAAUCUCUAGUGUCAUCUUGAAAUAUGAAAGAUGGAAUAAUGAAUAUCCUGAGCAGGACACAGAAAAAUUAUUGUCGUUGUGUUAUCUAGCUUCUGUAGAGCAUUUUUAUAAUGUCUUAUUGUCUCAGUACUUGUGUACUGUCUCAGUACUGAAGCGAUCAAGUAUGAUACACUAUAUUAUCUUCAACCAAUGCGAAUAGUAUGAAGCUGCCGCACACAUGUCGGCUACAUGUCUCUUGGAUACUGUUACUUGGCAUCUUUAUGAUCCAUAGUGAUUUAAGCAGUGGCAGUAGUUCCAAGAAGAACAAUGACAGAGGCUAUAUUACAAAGUCUGCAUACGAUAUAUCCUGUGCUUGCUGCAGUAUACAGCAAGUCCAAGUUAAAUUCUCUACCAAGAUAGUCGAGAACGAGUACAUAGUUGCAUUUAAGGGUUAUUACAGACCCCACACACGGAGAAACUACAUAGCAGCUGCGUUAAAUUCAUCCGGCAUCAAUAACUGGACAAUUUUACAUCGUAACAAUUUGGCGUCUCGCUUCCCUAGCGACUUUGACAUUGUACUAUUACAGGGAACAGUCAGACACCAUGGGCUGAAUGCUUUGAGCAAUCAUCCGCUUGUAAAAAGAGUAACACCACAGAGACUUGUACGUAGAAGCUUAAAGUUUAUCAACACCACGACAGAUGACUCUGAUAUUCCAGAAUAUAGAGAGCUGAAAAGACGAGCCAAUACUUAUAAUGUGCUAGAGCAAAUGACCAGUCGCCAUUCGUCUCGGAAACUAUUGAGAGCUAUACCAAGACAAAUCACGCAUAUUCUUCAAGCUGACGUAUUAUGGGCGAGGGGUAUUACCGGAAAGGGUGUAAAAGUAGCUAUAUUCGAUACUGGACUGGCUGUUAGUCAUCCACAUUUCAAGAAGAUCAAAGAGAGAUCAAAUUGGACAAACGAGAAAACUCUGGAGGAUGGCUUAGGUCAUGGAACAUUUGUGGCUGGUGUCGUUGCGUCAACUUCCAGGGACUGCUUGGGUUUUGCACCGGAUGCAGAACUGCACAUUUUUCGCGUCUUCACAAAUGCCCAGGUAUCCUAUACUUCGUGGUUUUUGGAUGCGUUCAAUUAUGCUAUACUCAGCAAGGUGACAGUGUUGAAUCUAAGCAUUGGCGGUCCAGAUUUUAUGGAUCAUCCGUUCGUUGAUAAAGUGUGGGAACUUACAGCCAAUGGUGUUAUUAUGGUGUCGGCAAUCGGCAACGAUGGGCCUUUAUACGGCACUUUAAACAAUCCUGCCGAUCAAAUGGAUGUAAUUGGCGUAGGAGGUAUCAAUUGGGACGAUCAAAUAGCGAGAUUUUCUUCGCGUGGCAUGACCACGUGGGAAUUGCCGUACGGAUACGGAAGAGUCAAACCCGAUCUGGUCACGUACGGGUCUGGAGUAAAAGGAUCCGCCUUGCGGAAAGGAUGUAGAACUCUCUCCGGCACUUCCGUGGCCAGUCCCGUUGUCGCUGGCGCGGUUGCACUCCUAGCCAGCGGAUUUGUAGAAACGGACGAGUCAAAGGCUGCUAAGCAGAAGGUAACGCCAGCGAGUAUGAAGCAAGCGUUACUAGGAUCAGCUCGUCGCUUACCUGGAAUCGGUAUGUUUGAGCAAGGUGCCGGGAAGCUAGAUCUCUUGCGGGCAUUUCAGUUUUUACAGUCGUACACACCUAUCGUCACACUUAGUCCGAGUUACAUAGAUCUGACCGAGUGCCAAUACAUGUGGCCGUACUGUACUCAAGCUGUCUACCAUACCGGCAUGCCCACAAUAGUCAACGUUACUAUAGUAAAUGGCUUGGGUGUGUCAGGACAUGUGGUCAAUCUUACCUGGCAUCCGUACACCGGUGACGGCAACGGCCAGCGUAUCGACGUGGCAUUUACGUACAGCGACGUUUUAUGGCCAUGGUCGGGUUGGUUGGCAAUCGCUCUAACAGUCCCUUCGACAUCCCGCAACUGGCAAGGCGUCGCGCACGGCUACGUCUCUCUCACGAUCGAAUCACCGGCGUGCGACGGUGAAGAUAAGCCGCGGCAGUCGACGAUAAAACUCCCGUUGAAGGCAAAAGUCAUACCUACGCCUCCUAGACACAAGCGCAUUCUGUGGGAUCAGUAUCACAACUUGCGCUAUCCACCCGGAUAUUUCCCCAGAGAUGACCUGCGCGUAAAGAAUGAUCCUCUGGAUUGGAAUGGAGAUCAUAUACACACUAAUUUCAAGGACAUGUAUCAACACCUACGCAACGCCGGCUAUUACUUCGAAGUACUCGGCCAUCCGUUCACCUGUUUUAACGCGAGAAAUUACGGAACACUGCUCAUCGUGGACACGGAGGAGGAAUUCUUUCCCGCGGAAGUGGCCAAGCUGAAGCGAGAUGUGGAGGACGACGGUCUCUCGGUGAUCGUGUUUGCGGACUGGUAUAACGUGACAGUCAUGCGAAAGGUCAAGUUUUACGACGAAAACACUCGUCAGUGGUGGAUACCUGAUACAGGUGGUGCCAAUAUUCCCGCUAUAAAUGACUUACUCUAUCCUAAUUGGGGUGUGGCGUUCGGCGAUGAGGUGCGAAACGGUCAUUUUACUCUCGGCCAACAUGCACCGGUCACAUUUGCAUCCGGCACUACACUCGCCAGAUUUCCAAAGGACGGAGUAAUUUUAUAUGCUGAGUUACAAGAUCAGGGCCGAGAGUUUCUUCUAGAAAAGGAAUCAGGUGCAUGUAAUCUCGUUCCCAUUCUCGGACUUUUGCAAGUGACCAGCGAGAAUACCGUUAAAAUAACGCACAACGACGAAAUUCACGAUCAAGUUGCGCAAGAUGAGAGGCAGGAGAAGAAUCGUGCGAGAGAACGCACUGUGCUACCUGGUAGACUCGUUGUUUACGGUGACUCAAAUUGCAUCGACGACAGCCAUUUGCAAAAAUCCUGCUUCUGGAUGCUCGACGCCAUUUUGGAGUACACAACGACGGGUUACAUACCCACUGUUUUUACGGAUGAAAAUGAAACGAAACGCAAAACCGUUAAAACAAUCGAUAAUCUAGAGAUUGGGGAAUUACCACGUCGAAUGGAGGGAAAUCAUUUGAGCCGUCAUAGCAAAGUAUUAACGGAUGACGGGCCGGCGGGCGGUUUCAGAUCUCUUCCGUCGUGUCCUACAGCCGUUUACGCUGUACCACUACCAGUCAAUGAAACUGUGCCAAUGAAUCUUUACAAAUCCCACAAGGUACUUUCCGUGAGUAACACCAUGAAUAUGGGAAACCCAGUGUUGCAGGAAGAAACGGACGCCUUGUGGCUCAAAAGACGAGUUGGUGGUGCUAGCAUACCUACGCUGCAGAAUAUGGGCGUUGGUAGUGUGACUUAUGAUGUGGACAGAGUGGUCGAAGAAGAUAAACCAGCCAUUGUAAAUCAGUGGAGCUUUAUAUUAGGAAUAAUUAUUGUAGUGACAUUUGUCGUGUAUUUGUGGAAUCAGUGGACCUGUUUGGUAACGAAGAGACAUUCCCGCAGAAAGCGCACCGUUGGCAGGAUACGUAGAGUCAUUCAAGCUAUCGCCAUGCGUAGAGUACCACAGAUGUAGUUGUAUAAGAAUCUGACAAGAAUUUAUUACUCGUGUAAAACAAGACUACAAUUAAUGUGUAAAUAAAAACUUUACGCCCAUAAGGCUCUUACAUUAGUCGUGCAAGAAACGAACGAGACAGGUCUUACGUUUAAGCACUUGAUAACUUAAUACACUGACGAAUACUCCACAUAUGUCCAUUAGAUCGUACCGUAUAACAUAUGUUGCGUGCCUUUUUCAACAAAAUGUGCAACAAUGGGCAAUUGUCCAACGCGAAUUCACAGAUAAAAAAAAAAAAAUAUAUCUAUAU